ACUGAAUACUAAUAAAUUGCUUAUAUUCCCUCCACCUCCAGCCUCCCUCUCCCUCCCUUGCAGAAACACACGAAAAAAAAAGCACUUCUCCUAACCUUAUUUUGUUGCAGAGGUGAUCUUCACUCUUUCGUACCAUCUGAAAAUCGCAUCUCUCUCUCUCUAAGCUUCCGAGUGCGAGGUUGUUUCAUGGGGUUACCCAAUUACCCACCCCAUGCCCCCCGAACAGUGUUUCUUUCUUCCUCACCAGCGUGUUUAGAAAGGUAAAAUCAGGAAGAAAACAUUAAAAGAUCAGAAUCCUGGCUAUAAAACUCUAAAACCCUUCUUUUCCCUCUUCAUCGCUUCGCUGCCGGUGUUCGUUACCAACAUAUUCUCGCCGGGAAAGCCACCAUACAAGGAUUCUGCAUAAAAGGUCCGGAAUGACACCUCAUUGCUGAAAGAUGGACAUUGAUAGUGAUUCUUGCAAGUUGGAUUCGAAAAUGGCAGAGGAAGGCUUGCUAAUGCAAGUGGAUUCUCUGGAACCUUCAAGCAGCAAAGGCAAAUCAAAAGAUGAUCUUACCAAGUCGAUGGAGAAACUACAAAUUCAGGAAUCUUCCUCUGGUCAAGUGGGCACUUCAUCAACUAACUUUAAACGAAAACCAGUCAUUGUCAUUGUUGUUGGAAUGGCAGGGAGUGGAAAAACAACUUUUCUUCACCGGUUGGUUUGCCAUACACAAGCUUCAAACAUUUGUGGAUAUGUAAUUAACCUUGAUCCAGCUGUUAUGACACUUCCUUUUGGCGCAAAUAUUGAUAUAAGAGACACUGUUCAGUACAAGGAAGUAAUGAAACAGUUCAAUCUUGGUCCUAAUGGGGGAAUUCUCACAUCAUUGAACUUGUUCUCUACAAAGUUUGAUGAGGUUAUAUCAGUUAUUGAGAAACGAGCAGAUCAGCUUGAUUAUGUUCUUGUAGAUACUCCUGGUCAAAUUGAGAUUUUCACCUGGUCAGCUUCUGGAGCAAUAAUUGCUGAAGCUUUUGCUUCAACCUUUCCUACAGUAAUUACAUAUGUGGUUGAUACCCCUCGUUCAGCAAGCCCAGUCACAUUCAUGAGUAACAUGCUCUACGCAUGUAGCAUACUCUAUAAAACACGGUUGCCUCUGGUUUUGGCCUUUAACAAGACAGACGUUGCCAAACAUCAGUUUGCUCUGGAGUGGAUGGAAGAUUUUGAGGCAUUCCAUGCUGCCUUAGAGUCUGACAAUUCCUACACAUCAACUCUAACAAGGAGCCUUUCACUUGUACUCGACGAAUUCUAUAAGAAUCUCCACUCCGUUGGAGUUUCUGCAGUUUCAGGUGCUGGAAUGGAAGAAUUCUUUAAGGUCAUUGAAUCAAGUGCCAACGAGUUCAUGGAAACUUACAAGGCUGAUCUUGACAAGAGAUGGGCAGAGAAACAGCGGUUGGAGGAAGAGCGUCGCCAAGAAAACAUGGAUAAACUAAGGAGGGAUAUGGAGAAGUCCCAUGGCCAAAGAAUGGUACUGAGUACGGGUUUGAAGGACAAGGAUGCUAGCAUUAAAUCAAUGAUGGAUGAAGAUGGGGAAGAAGAGGAAGAAGAUGAAGAUGAUUAUGAAAGGUUCACAGAGGAAGUGGAAGAUGAGAUGGACGAAGGUGAAGACGAAGAGGUUGCCAGGUUUUCCUUUUAACCAUCUUAUUUCCUUGACAUGAUUUCUCCGAAGAGCUCCUGUACACAAGGAACUUUCCAAAUAGUAGUUUAUGCUUCAAAGAGUCAGAAUCAUGUGAUCUGGCCCCGUAUAGUUGGAUUGGAUA